AGAAGAUCCGAUCAGAUGAGAUCAGAUAAGACCAAGGAAGCUUUGAGACUCAAGUGUGGCCUUCUCCUUCCACUCUCUCUCACCUUAGACUCUGAAACUUUCAGCAGAAAUCGCACUCUCUCUCCUCCAUCCAGCCUCACUGCAAUCACAUUCCGCCAUUUUCACCAUUAACGAAGAAAAAGAAAAGGAAGAAGGAUAAAGAGAAGAGAUUGAAACAAGGUUAUCAAAUUAAAAGAAGAAAACAUAAUUUUGUAAAUUGCUGGUUAUGAAGAGGAUAUUGGAGUUCGGGAGGAAAGCUAUGUUUUAUGUAAGAGUUCUUUCUGGUUAUGAAGAACGUCGCAUUCGAUCUUAUAGAUUGCAGCUUGAGCAGCGUCUUCGAUCUGCACAAGAAAAAAAGCUGGCUACACAAAAGGUCCCUGAACAAAUUGUGCUGUCUGAAGUUCGAAAAAUGGUGGAGGAAAUGCAAAAUCUUAAUAAGAAGCUGGAAGAGAUGGAAGGUGAUAUUAAUGAGUACUUCAAGCCAGUCGACAAAGAAGUGGAGGCUCUUAUGGAUAUGCAGAUGGAGAAAGAGAAAGCAAAGAUGGAAAUGAUGGGUGCCAUGUAUAAGCAGGCUAUGCUUGAGAAAGCCGAAACACAGGCAGCUAUUGAUGGAGAUGGUGCCGACCAACCGAAGACGGAGACAAUGAGUGCCAUGUUUAAACAGGCUCUGCUUCAGAAGAACCCACAAAAAUAGAGAAAACCAUUCCUUCUCUCUCGAAAAGGUCAGAUGCGGUAAUUAUUAGAAUUUUAGGCAUACCAUGCUACUCGGAUGAAUAAUUUUGUUAUACAGUGCUUGUCAUCUGUAUUUGUUGGGACAUGAAGAGUGUUCCAUGAGAUAUAUUGAAAUUCUGAAAAUUAGUUACUGUUCAUUUGGUGAUCAGAAGCCGGGAUUUGUUUCAGCUAUAUGAAUUUGAGCUGAUGUCCAAGUCAAAUUUUGAGUGGUAAGCUUCAAUGAGUUUUACUGUUGAAGCCCAAGCUAUUGUAAUUAAUGCACCAUCUUUCAGUUGUA